AUGAAAGCAGGGCCGGUGCUGCGUGUGUCGUUCAACGACGACCGACAACUUCGACAUGCCCUCGCACAGCUGCAGCAGAGACGACAGGGUUGUCCUCCUCCCCAUACCGUUCAUCUGAAAAGCCGCGGUGGUUUUGCCUCCACCGUCGUCAACAGCAAAGUUUCCAAGCUCCUUGCCGAACUGACACGUGGCCAUUCCUACCAAACGCUGGAUAUUGACAUGCCCAGCGUCCUAGUCCGCGACGCUGACAUAUGGGCUCUUUUGAGGGCAUCACAGAAGAGCUUGGUGUCAUUGCGGUUGCGCUGCAGUUUCGUGCUUUGGGACGACGACCUCUGUGCUCCAAAUAAUAAGGGUCUGGGACUGCAGAAUCUGACGGCAUUGGAGAGUUUCUCGUUGCAUCUGGGUGCCGUCAGGGAUGCCGAUGCCUUGGUAAAUGCCGUUGCGGACUGUCCCAAGCUCAAGUCAGUGACAUUGGCGCAUCGACUCUCCCAAGCAACCUUUCAAAAAUUGACCCGCAAACCGACUCUGGAAACAUUGGUUUGUUUGGAAAAUGGCGUCGUGGACUGGUCUGGCACUAGUAGUAGACCCGAUGGCGUCAGCCUGGAGAGUCUCUGUGAAACACUGCAAAGUUCCUCGCUCAAGUCGCUCAAACUCCCGGCUCCUCCUCCCCAUGAUACUACUGUGGACAUAACACCCAUUGCCACCAUGCUAAAGGAAGACAACAACAAUACGUUGGAACAUUUGGCAUUGACGAUUCGCCAGGAACAAGAUGUGACAAUCCUCGCCCGUGCCGUCCAACACAAUCAAGUCUUGAAACGAUUGGAGAUUCGAGGAACGGGGCUGGUGGAUGCAAUUGUUUCCUCCUUUUCUCCCGUCCUGCCGGGCAAUUUGUGGUUGGAAGAAUUCAAAUACAAUGGGUGCGAUGUCGAUGCCGAUCCCGCCAUUUACAUGUACGUGACACUCAACAAGGCGGGACGCAAGUAUUUGGUGGAACACGGCACCCGCAGCGAUUGGGCCAAGGUGCUGAUUUCACAUCAUUGGAACACCACGCUUGUCUUUCACUUGCUCAAAACCAACCCUUCCUUGAUCAAGGGAAUGGGGCUCGGCUCGGCAAUGCAACAGAAGAAUCGCCUAAUAAAUAAAUAA